AUGAUCGAAUUAGGUGAUAUCACUCCACAUAAUGUCAAGCAAUUAAAAAAGCUAAACUCUGUCAUCUUUCCAGUAUCUUACAACGAGAAGUUUUACAAGGAUGUCUUAACUUCUGGAGAUUAUGCCAAAUUCGCAUUUUAUAAUGAUAUUAUUGUUGGAGGAGUCUGCUGCCGUGUAGACUCGUCAGAUAAUCGUCGCAGACUUUAUAUAAUGACACUGGGAUGCUUAGCUGCAUAUCGUUGCCUUGGAAUUGGUACUGUAAUGUUGAAACAUGUGUUAAAGUUAGCGGAAACCGACGGCCACAUUGAUAGUGUCUAUCUACACGUUCAAAUCAAUAAUGAUACUGCCAUGGCUUUUUAUAAAAAUUUUGGAUUUGAAGUGAUUGAAACAAAGUCAAGUUACUAUAAACGUAUCGAGCCAUCGGACGCUUACGUUUUGGAAAAAAAGUUAAAGUAA